AAACUUUCUCAAACACCAAAAAUGUUUAUUUAAUUUAAAAAUUUGUUUUUCAAAUCAAAACCAAAUGAAACUAACUUUUUUUAUUUAAUCAUUUUCUAGAUUUAAAUGAAAACGGCAUCAUUUUUGUUAACUCAGUAUUCUCAGUAUUCUGGUGGGCUCAAAUAGUACAAAUGUGCUGCUGUGUUUUAAAGAGUCCUGGCCUGGAUCAGGAAAGUUCUGCAUGUGGAGAUCCAACAUUGCUGGAUGACGAUGACGAGGGAAUGUUUAAGAGUGACUCUCAGGAAGCUCUGCACCCAAGAAAGCUGGAGAUGAACUUUGAGGAGCUGCUAAAGGAGAAGGAAGAAGCUGAGAGGAGACGCAAAGCAGAGGAGCGCAAGAGGAAGCUGGAGAAGGAGAAGCAGGAGUUUGAGCAGCUCAGACAGGAGAUGGGCGAGGUCGGUGAUUCAUUCUCCAGUUUGAAAUUCCUCCUCGGGUUUAAGACCCACUCUGUUGCAGAGUUGCACCACUAGUGUUGAGGGGUGGUGUGUUCUGUAAGCUAGCAGGAAAGUGUAAAUAGAUGGAUGAUGGGAAAUUGUGGUUAUUUUUUAUUUCAUAAAUAGUUCUUUCAUUAAAAGGAUUGUAAUUUAUUUCCUGAUUUUUUUUUGGUGAAUAUCUCAAAAAGAA